AUGUUAUUUAGAGAUGCCUCCACUUGCAUCACCAUUAAUGGCCGGCAGUCUGAGGCUUUUGGCCUUUUUAGAUCCAUUCACCAAGGUUGUCCUUUGGCUCCUGCUUUAUAUGUUCUUGCAGCGGAAGGGUUUGGUUACUUACAUGCUAAUGCUAUCUUUGUUUGGCAUGCCCGUGGCAUCUCCCUGCCUGAGUCACCUUCUCAACCUGUCAAUAGCCACUUUGCAGAUGAUUCCUUUCUCACUCUCAUUGAGGACAAAGAUAAUGUGCAGGCCAUUCUUCAGUGUCUAAACACCUUUUGCUUGGCUUCUGGUUCGGCCAUUCAAUGGCACAAGACUCAAUGUUAUAGGCAGUCUUUUCUUCCUGUUCCACCUUGGAUCCUCCAAUAUGACUGGAAAUGGCUUCAACAUGGCAAAAUUUAG